AUGGUCAGCAGCCCGCAUAUGGACAGCAACAACCACCCUAUGGACAACAACAACCCUAUGGACAGCCACAUCAGCCCUAUGGAGCACCACCGCAGCAACCAGCUUACGGGCAGCAAUAUCCCCCUAACCAGGCUCAAUACGUUCGUUUUUUUCUCUUCCAGCGGACAAGGCCCACCGGGCCAAUUCCGUGCAGGCCAACCCGGCUAUCCUCCACAGGGAGGACCCGGCUAUCCUCCCCAAGGCGGUGCGCCAGGCUACCCUCCGGGUCAACAAGGCCAACAAGGCCAACAACAAUUCGGUGGCCCUCCAAACCCUCAGCAGCAAGCCGCGUACAGGCAGGUUCUCCAGAGCUGCAUCAAUGAGAAGCAAUUACAGGGCAUGUACCCGCCAAACUCGCCUGCUCUUGACCAGAUCUUGAGCAGGAUCAGUAGCCAGGUGGACCAGCUCUGCGCUGCAUGGCGUGUUCCUCGCGAGGUUGGUCAAGAUAUCGUCAAGCUUGCCCUCUUCGAUGUGGUUCUCUAUAUCGAUGACAGUGGCUCUAUGCAGUUUGAGGAAAAUGGUGAACGUAUCAAAGAUCUCAAGCUCAUUAUCUCACGCGUUACCUUUGCCACCUCCUUGUUUGAUGAUGACGGUAUCCAGGUUCGCUUCAUGAACUCCAACGAACAGGGUAACAAUAUCCGGAAUGAGGGACAAGUCGAAGCUCUUAUGCAGCGUAUGCAAUUUAAGGGCCUCACCCCCAUGGGAACCAGCCUGAAGAACAAAGUUUUGGAGCCGCUGGUCCUCUCCCCAGCCAGAGCAGGUCAGCUUAGAAAGCCUGUCUUGGUCAUUACAGUCACAGAUGGCCAGCCUGCUGGAGAAGCUCAGGGUGCCGUAUUCGACGCCAUCCGUAGCGCAACCCAAGAGCUGCAAUCGAACCCAAGAUACGGCCGCGGGGCUGUCUCCUUCCAGUUUGCUCAGGUCGGAAACGAUUUGAAGGCCAGAGAGUUCUUAUCUAAGCUUGACGAGGAGCCCGGUAUUGGCGAGCUUGUCGACUGUACUUCCAACUUUGAGGUUGAACAGGAUGAAAUGUCUCGUGCAAACCCUCCUGUCGAUUUGACUCCCGAGCUCUGGCUUGCCAAAAUGAUGCUUGGCGCAAUUGACUCCUCUUACGACACCAAGGACGAGAAAACCCAGCGCGCUCCUGGAGGGCCACCACCCGGACAGUACAAUGCACCACCACCACAGGGGCAGUACGGCGGCUAUGGUCAACAGCCUCCCCCACAAGGUGGCUAUCCUGGAGGUGGUUACAACCAGCCACCACCACAAGGCGGUUACGGACAACCACCACAACAAGGUGGUUAUGGUCGUCCUCCAUCUGGCCCUCCUCAGGGCGGGCCAGGCUAUCCUCCACAAGGCGGAUAUGGUGCCCCACCACCAGGAGGCCGUUACUAG